UGUCCGGCCGAGGCGCUAUGGCGGCGUGGAGCGGAGCUGGGGUCGCAGCUGCGGGGGCGCCGGGCCGGCCCAGCCUGAGCUCCAUCUCGUCUGGGGAGCUGCGGAGCUUGCGCACGUGCGCCUGCGAGCUGGCCGUGCUGCCGCUGGAGCAGCUGUUGCGCCUGCAGCCCGGCGCCUUCCAGCUGCGCGGCGACCGCCCGGCCGUGCUGAGCCCGCGGCGCCCGCGGCCCGGCGCCGGCUACACCCUCCUGGGCGACGGCGACCUGAUGCUGGACGGCCGGCGCCCCUGCCGCCUCGCCCACUACUGCCGCAGGGAUGUAGCGCUCACAAGCCAUUGUGAUUAUAAAGACUACAGAGAUACUAUUCUAAGCAGGCCACUGGUAUUCUUCACAAAUGUGAAAAUAAAACCGGAUUCCCCAAAUGAAAAAACAUAUGCCUUUCUUGUGAACACUCGACAUCCCAAGAUAAGAAGACAGAUAGAGCAUGGUAUGGACAACAUAAUAUCCUCAGUGUUUGGAGAAAGUUAUAAACUUCGGUUUGAUUUCCAGGAGGUUGUCAAGAGCUUUUUUCCUCCAGGAAGCCACUUAGUUAAUGGAGAUGCCUUGAGCUUUUCCUUUGAGUUCAAAUCGGAUGCCCUGUUCGAUUUCUUUUAUUGGUUUGGAAUCAGCAAAAGCACUGUUGCAGUGAAUGGGAAAAUUCUGAAUUUGUCCAGCACCAACCCAGAAAAGAAGGAAAUAAUCACAAUGUUUCUUGAAAAAAUGAGUGAGCCACAUGCCCGCUUGAGCAACAGCUUUUCAGACAGAAAAUUUAGUGUUACCUCAAGAGGUUCAAUAGAUGAUGUUUUUAACUGCAGUCUGACACCACAACAAUCUUUAACAGAGCCCCCUAUGACUGUCUGGUCAACAGCAGCAGUUCAAGAAUUAGAAGAAAGCUUUUAAAGUGUUAAAUCAGUCUUGAGGAUUCUUCUUCACAACUUUUAACCCAGCUAUUGUUGUUAAUGCUAUUUGAGCCACAUCUUCUUCAUUGAAUGACUGAUCAGUAAGAACUGGUUGAGUUGCUGAGAGAGAGUACAUCUUGCACCUGUGUCUAGCAACGCUGACAUUCUUGAUGAUUUGGCAGGAAAUCUAAAAUGUUAAAAUAAUCUAUAGACCAAGGGGCAUAUAGAGAUUGUAAGUACUGUGGUCAUUUAAGAAUUAUAGUAAUGAUAAAAAUAAACUCCAUGGCAGAGAUCCAUAAGGUAACUUUUCAGGAAACUUUUUGGAGGAGAACUCUGUCAAUAGCAAUCAUCCAGCCUAUAUUUUGCAUAAUGUAUAUUUACUUUGGAAAAAAUGGGACUUUGAAAACCUUUUGUGUGUUUGUUAUGCAUUUACAUGAAAACAGCAGUUUGCCACAGUUACUUUUCUUAACUUUUUUUAUACAAAUAGUAUUUUGAGUACAGCUGACUCUUAAAAUACCACGUUAUGUAAUAAUGCACUGGUGCUGUUGAAGUUCUAAAGUAUUUUACUAUUUCUGAUUUUAUGUAAGUAUAAUAUACCCAUAUACAUAAAAUAAUUUGACAUUCUUAUCUGUUGAGGACUGUGCAUAUUUUCUGAAAAUAUCUUAAACUUGCACAUUCAGAAAACAUAGUCUUAUAUGCUGGGUGUGAAAUAACACUUAAUACUGAAUUUAUACACUAGUGGAAUCUCCCUAGAGAGACUAGCCAUCUUUCCUUGUAAAUGAAUUUUAGACGUACUUUCCCAGCGCUACGUUUUAUAGGACCAAACAAAUUGUAUGUAAAUAUUUUUUACUUCUGUUUUAAGGACCUUGCACAUUAAAACAUAAAAGAAAUUUUUUUCAUUUGCAGGCAAAUAUUGUAACACCUAUUUUACCUUUUCCAUAUUUUCAUCUUUUAAAAAAGGCAGCAAACCUCAAAGAUUUUUCUACUGAAGUUAAAAAGAGUAGGAUCAUACACAUCACAAGUACACCUAAUGUUAAAAAGUAAUUGAUAAAAAGACUUUUUCUGAAAAGCUUCGGAGAAUAACUGAUUUUUCUUUCUGUUUGUAUAGAUAUGAUACACACCUCUUUUGUACAUUUGUCUUUUAUGAAUCAUUAAAAGGAAAACUUUUAGAAACUGA